AUGGGUCAAUUGUUUUCUUCUGAUACUGACGAAACUGAAAAUUUGGCCUCUAGCAUGAAAACAUAUUUUACAAAUUUCAAUAUGAUAAACAAAAUCAUCUCUGAGGAAACUAUCAAACUGAUCACAUCAAAACUGGAAGCAGGGCACACUGACAGCAUGGGUGUUAUAAUCAAUUCUGUAUUGAAGAAAGUUACGAAUGCCACUCUGAACAUUGCUGUGACUGGAGAGUCUGGUUCAGGGAAGUCUAGUUUCAUCAACGCCCUUCGAGGUGUUAAGCCAGGAGACGAGCAAUCAGCUGACACUGGUGUGGUAGAGACAACCAUGGAGCCGACUAAAUACCAGCACCCAAAGUUUCCCACUGUGAUAUUUUGGGACUUGCCCGGCAUUGGGACCACUAGUUUCCCACCACAGGAGUAUUUAAAGAAAGUCAAAUUUGGCGAAUAUGACUUCUUUAUUAUCAUUUCUUCCACACGCUUCAAGGAUACUGAUGUACAACUUGCCAAGGCAAUCAAAGAUUUGGGAAAACAUUUCUAUUUCGUUAGAUCCAAGAUAGACAUCGAUUUACAGAGUGAACAGAAACAGAAACCAAAAACCUUUGACCAAGAAAAAUUCCUGGAGCAGAUUCGAAACAAUUGUCUGCAAGAUUUUAGACAGAUUAAGAUGGAGAAACCCCCAAUCUUCUUGAUAUCCAGCGAUGAGGUGUUUGAGUAUGACGUCCCAAUCCUGAUGAACAAAAUCCUAAAUGAUCUCUCUACUCAAAAGCGUCAUAUUUUUAUGCUCUCCCUGCCCAACGUUACUGAGGAAGUCAUUGAAAGUAAAAGAGAUUCUCUGAAACAGAAGGUCUGGCUAGAAGCAUUCAAAAAUGCGUUGUGGGCUACCUUGCCAUUUGGUAUCACCAGCGAUUAUGAUAAAAAGAAGGUGGAGAAUAGUUUAAAUGAAUACCGAGCCCUCUUUGGGGUGGAUGAUGCAUCUUUGCAAAAAUUAGCUACCUAUUCGAAAGUUCCUGUGGAGCAACUCAAGUCAGUCAUUGAAUCUCCACGUUUGUUGGAAAAAGAGAAAAAUGAAUCAGCAUCAAAAGGAUUUUUACAAUGGGUGGAAAAAUUCUGUUCAGCUAAUGGAGGCCUCCUUGCUAUGGGUUUUUACUUCAGAAAUACCUUAUUUUUGCAGCUUUAUAUGCUGGAUAAAGUAGCCAGUGACGCUAAAAUUCUGCUUAAAAAGACAUUUUCAGAGAAAGGGUGGGUUUCUCCUCAACUUAAAACCUCCUGA